GGGACUGCUGCGGGUAAAUCGGCACGGCGCACCAAGUCCUCGUGCUCCCUACACAGCAAGCCUGGGAUACGGUAGCUCGUCCUUCACCGUUACUCCUCAUCGACGCCCGCGGGCAAUGUGCCCACCCGCCGGCAGAGCAACGGGUGGACAAGGCGUACGAUGCUUAGGGAUGCUUGGUCGAACAACGGUGGGAAAGGCUGGUGGCGAUGGUGGUCUAGGUUGGGCGGAUUGCUGGCGAUGGCGACGGCCAUUUCCUGUCUUGUUGCUCCGUUUCCGGGUGCCUCGGCCAAUCCGGAAGCGAAGCGUCUCUACGAUGACCUGCUGUCGAACUACAACCGCCUCAUCCGGCCUGUUGGCAACAACAGCGAUCGCCUCACUGUCAAAAUGGGACUACGCCUCUCCCAGCUCAUCGACGUUAACCUGAAGAACCAGAUCAUGACGACGAACGUUUGGGUGGAACAAGAGUGGAACGAUUACAAGCUGAAGUGGAACCCGGAUGAUUAUGGCGGUGUCGACACCCUCCACGUGCCGUCGGAGCAUAUAUGGUUGCCGGACAUUGUUCUUUACAACAACGCCGAUGGCAACUACGAGGUGACCAUUAUGACCAAAGCAAUUUUGCACCAUACGGGGUUGGUCGUGUGGAAACCGCCAGCGAUCUAUAAAUCAUUUUGCGAGAUCAACGUGGAGUACUUCCCCUUUGACGAGCAGACUUGCUUCAUGAAGUUUGGUUCUUGGACUUACGACGGGUACACGGUCGACUUACGACACCUGGCCCAGACCGAAGACUCGAACCAAAUUGAGGUCGGGAUCGACCUAACCGACUACUACAUUUCCGUCGAGUGGGACAUCAUAAAAGUGCCUGCCGAGAGGAACGAGGCGUUCUACAUAUGCUGCGAGGAGCCCUACCCCGAUAUCGUGUUCAAUAUCACCCUACGCCGCAAGACCCUCUUCUACACGGUGAACCUAAUCGUACCGUGCGUGGGCAUAUCUUUUCUCUCGGUGCUGGUGUUCUACCUGCCGAGCGACAGCGGCGAGAAAGUCUCGCUGUCGAUCUCGAUUCUGCUGUCGUUGACGGUGUUCUUCCUAUUGUUGGCCGAGAUCAUACCGCCCACGUCGUUAACGGUACCGUUGCUCGGCAAGUACCUGUUGUUCACGAUGGUACUGGUCACCCUAUCCGUGGUGGUGACGAUAGCCGUGUUGAACGUGAAUUUUCGCUCGCCCGUCACUCAUCGUAUGGCGAAAUGGGUGCGGGUGGUGUUCAUACAAAAAUUACCGCGGUACCUUCUGAUCGAGAGGCCGAAAAAGGACGACGACGACGACGAAGAGGAGGAGGUGGUGGUGGUAGGGAGAAACGGCGUCGGUGUCGCCGUGGUGAACGCCGACGGCGAGCCCGUCGGCGACGAUGACGACGACGACGACGUCGAAGCGACCAACGGGAAACCGCCCGAAGGCAUGCUCACCGAUGUGUUCCAUGUACAAGAGACUGAUAAGUACGAUACGUACUACGGCAACAGGUUCAGCGGGGAGUACGAGAUACCUGCACACGGAUUGCCACCAUCAGCAACUAGGUACGACCUCGGUGCCGUGGCCACCGUAGGUACCGUAGCGCCCUGCUUCGAGGAACCCUUACCCUCGCUGCCACUGCCGGGGGCUGACGACGAUCUGUUCGGCCCAGCCAGCCCCGCAUACGUUCACGAGGACAUCAGCCCCACAUUCGAGAAGCCGUUGGUACGCGAGAUCGAGAAGACCGUCGACGAUGCCAGGUUUAUCGCUCAGCAUGCCAAGAACAAGGACAAAUUUGAGAGCGUGGAGGAGGACUGGAAAUACGUGGCGAUGGUGCUCGACCGGAUUUUCCUCUGGAUAUUCACGGUGGCCUGCGUGCUUGGUACGGUGUUGAUUAUCCUGCAGGCGCCGAGUCUCUACGAUACCACGAAGCCGAUCGACAUCAAGUACAGCAAGAUCGCGAAAAAGAAGAUGAUGCUGAUGAACAUGGGUCCCGAGGAGGACUAGUCGACGAUUCCGCGCGGCUUCGCGCCGCGUUCACAGCGGCAGCUGCUUCACCGUCGUCGCCGUCGUCGCGGGCAUCAUCGUCGCUGUUGUUGCCACCGCGGUCGCCGGCGUCGUCGUUCCCGUUGCACGCGUUAUCGUUCUCGUCGUCGUCGUCGCCGUCGCCGUCGUCGUCGUCGUCGUCGUCGUCGUCAUUGUUAUCGUCGUCGUCGUUGUCGUUCAGCGGCCGCCGCCCAUCAUCGAAACUGCCGAUUUUCGCGUCGACAUGCAAGAGGACCCUCUCUCGAUCGCUGUUGCCAGAGAUGAUGAGACCUCCUAAAGAACACGGCCAGGAAAAAGUAGGAGGCAACGAGUGGCAGAAACGAAGAUUCAGGAAGAUGGCGUGGAUCUUUCCCUCUCCGAAUUGUGGAUAAAUCUGAUAUUCAGACUUCGAUACUGAAACUCUUUUGAACGGGAGACGAGAGUGGGGCGCGGACUGGUUCAGAGGUGGGAGGGGGGGGGGGGAGAACGCGAACGAAAUGGAGCGUACGAGUUUUGUCGAAAGAAAAAUAGAGAAAAUCCUGUGCAUGGACGUGUGAUCGGGAGCGUGUGAAAGGGAAACAAGAGGAUGACGGAGCGAAUGGGUGCGAGAGGGAUGAGCGAGAUUGAACGAACGAGACCGAGGAAGAGAGAGAAUUGGGGGCAAGAGAGGGGAGAAAAAGUGCCAAAUACGCGAAACACACGCGCAACGUAUUUUUGUAAAUCUGGUUUCAUACGUAAGGCUAGAGUCGUGCGGCGAGACGUCGAACUGCCCGAACUGCCGAUUUUAUAUAAGAAGACGUUUAAAACAAACACGUACACAUUAUAUACACGCACGCAUCUACGUACACUAAGAGCAGCUACGAGGGGAAACGUAUACAUGUGAUUCUUACAUAUACACGCGCAUACACGAACGUACAGACAACAUCUUCACGCGCAUACACGUACACAUACGGGUUCACACUUGCGCAGGAUCCAGCGUGUUAACAUUUAUACGUAACGAGAUGAGUUAAAACGAGGAAAAAUAAGAGAGAAGAAGGAAAAGAAGAGGAAGAAAGAAAAUGCAUCGGGAGAAGAGAAGAAAAAAAAACACGAGGUAGACACACGCGUACGCGUGCGUAUCCGUUCAAGGUGUGUGUACACGGUGUACAUAGAUAUAUAGAAAAAGAAUUAUACAUCUAUUACGUGCGUAGAUAUAACUCGACGAUCUCACAGCGUAUGAGCACGCAACGCGAUAUUCAUCCGCAUAUAUCUCUCGACACAUCGUAUAAUCACGGGAGUGCGCCGCGCUCGCGCGGUCACGACACACGCCACAUUCACAACCGAGCACACGAACCGAGCUGGGAACCAUAGGGAACCUCGCGGGAGAAACGUACGACGAAGGUGAAUUCUUCGGGCUGGAGAAUUGCUAGCGGUGAUAAAGAACGAGACUCGUCGUCGUCGUCGAGCCGGUGAUUAUCGUGCCAGGAAACGUGUGCUGUUCGCUCGAGCAACGGGGGACUCGGAGAAAGAAAAAACUGGAAAUUUCCUCGUUCCUUCCACUCUUCUCUUUUCCUACACUUUUUCCCCUUUUUUUACUUUCAACUCGAUCGUCGAACCAAGUAACGGCGCGCAUAAUCUUUAUCGAAAUCUUUUUAAACUCUUUUAACUCGUCCCUUGUAAUCCUAUUUUUAAUUACCACCAAGUUCCUCAUCAGUUACUAAAGCAAAUGAUUCGGUCGAACGCAGAAUCCCGUGGUUCGGUUGUUCAAUCGCGAGCCAGCGCACGGCCUGGUACGUCGAUCCAGCCAGAAAUCAAACGGCCGUUCAAAUAGUUCUCUCGACCAACGAAUCGUUCAUCCGACAAGUGAUUCUUUCGUCGUGCGUAUUCUCGACAAAUACACUGGAAAGAAAGAGGUGAGAGUCGCGAGCAUAGAAGCUCGCAAACAACUGCCAACUUUAGAAGCAACGGGCCCUGAUCGAUCCGAUCGAUUCUUAGAAGCGAGCAAACGUUAUCGAUAGAUUUAAAGGAGGAAAACAGAGCAAAGGAUGUUCCUUAGGAAGACUCGCCGUACCAGAGUGUACCAGGUCUGAUAAAAUGAGAAUUUAACACGAGAAUUAUAUCUCCGUUUCUUUGAGAACGAGCGAUUAAGAUUCCAGCAUCUCCGUGCUUCUUUUUUAUCGUGUGAGAUAAACGAAGAUCUCAUGCGUGGUACCGUGGAACGCAUGGCUGAAAAUCAUUUCGAGAUGAUGGCGAUAAAACUCGGCGAAUUUUUAGCCGCUAAUUGCCUUGCAGCAUCGUUCGCCGAUCUUGAUACUACCCAAACGAUGAACUCUCGAGAUACCGUAGACAAGCUAAUCGAUUACCUCCAUCCGUGAUUCUAUCGACUGUGUUCAAAUCUCCGAUGAACUUUGUCUAUGCACUUUUGUUAUCGAAGGAUUUUUCCAUCAUCGAACCCACCGUUCGAGCUUCCUCGCUCAUUCAACGAUUCUGUUUCACACCCUAAUUUCCAUGGUCGAUCGAGGAAACCUUGGGAAAGAUCGGGGAAAAGAAAACGAAAGAAAGUUAGGUCAAAGACUAGGAAGCAUCAUCAAUUGCCAUUCUUCACCGUUACCGCCUGCACGAAGUCAGAGAUUCGCCGAGCUUUCGCUACUUCCUCCAUGGAUUUUACAGUUGGCUCGUGCAAGCGAAUCGAUGCGAAUAACACGGCGGGGGAAACGACCGACAGACGACAGAUGAAGACGGUGCAGCAGAUUCAACACGGGUGAACGCCGUGUUUUCAGCUCUGUGUUCCAACGAAAACACGAUUGUCGGAUGCUGUUCGGAAGCGGCAGAGCUGUUACGCUGGAAUCUAGAAACGGAAACACGAUUACUCCUCUUUGAUAGACUCAAAGAUACGGUUUGAGAUCGCCUUUCGUGGAAUUCCACAUACGAUAAGCCACUCGCUUCUGGGAAUAUGCGAUAGGAUGCUCAGGUAGUCCAAUGAAUAAACAAAUCCCAAACGUUUCGAAACGUUAGAAUUGCUCGACCUACCGGUAAACAUUAUUUCUCUCGACCACAGAGAACCUCAUUUCGAUAUACAACCUUGGUACAUUGAUAUUUCUACGUUCACGCGAGUCCUCCGUGUUAUCCUCGAGCAACCGUUCUAACGUCUCGAAAGCUUCUAGCAGUCUUUCAAUGUAUCCAGAACUUCCGGAUUAAAAAAAAAAAAAACUUCAAAGUUCUACGAACUCACGCUUAAGCCAUUCAGUCUUUCAGAAGCAUCGACCAUUCUCCGGUUCGAACGCAACGCUCAAAGCGUGCUCGACUCGAACUUUAUCGACUGACGGGAUAAUCCACCGUCGAACGCCCAUCGUUUGGCCACGUGCUCUAUAAGGAACAAGAAAAAAAGGACGAAGAAAAGCAGACAAAAAAAAUAAAGAAACGAGACACACGAAGCUCGUGGGUGGGCGCGCGAGCGCGUCGAACGCGUACACUCGUGGAUACAUACACACACACACAGACAUUGUUUGUAUAUUGACAAUGAAGAAAAGAAGGAGAUGAAGAUGGAAGCGGGAGCAGCCCAGGGGGUGAAAAGAAAAAAGAAACGCCACCCAGGCACUUCCUCUCUCCGCGAACCGGUAUAAUAAUCAAUUUAUUUGCUCACGUAAAGGUAACGGUAUAAUAUAUUUAAUAUGUGCAUAUUAGGUAUAAACAGAAGAUUAAUCAUACGAAAAACUAAACUAAUAAAUCGCAUAACCGAGGACGAUUCACUCGGGCAGCCUGUGGGAGCCGGUGGUGAUGCUGGUGGUGCUGGUUGCUAAUGGUGUGCAGUGUGGGACGUAAUAUUAACGCCAAUCCAUGGACACGGUGAACACGCGAGUGUGCUAAUCAGGAGGCGCGAUGAUCCCGAUUCGCCGAUCAUCGAAGUGAUACGUGUUCCGAGGAUUCAAGGGGUGGAAGAGGAGGAACACGCGAGAGUACAGGUCCGUGCGAUUUCGGUCGCCAUUCGGCCAUCGUUGCGGAGAUUAACUUUCCUACGUGAGAAGCGUUGUUCGUCGAGAGUUCGGUAAACUGCCAUCAAGUGCAAACGUUUAUGAUUUAUGGCGCAAUAUAAACUACAACGAUUUGAUGUAUGAUUUUUUUAGAGGUAUGUUUUGGCGUUGCCGAAACAAUCCAAGUUGAUUUUUGCCUUAUUUCAAAAGCUUUGACAGUUGUUCGCUUCUUGCAAGGAAUCGAUCACGUUCCACGGUAUUCGUUUCUUUCUUCGACGUUUUCCUGGAUAUCGUGUUUGAGUAUUUGCCUGGACUUGUUCGGAAAAUUGCAGUUGCACGAUUCGUCUUUUAUAAGUUUAUUCGAGGAAAAGUAAGGUCGGGCGUGUCCUUGUCGCAGUGUUGCCAAUAUAAUUAUAUCCAUUCGCGAGUUUUGUGUAUUUAAGGAAAUUGUCGUGUUGCAGUGUUUCGGCAGUAUUUCGCCAUUGUUCGCCAUUGUUCGCCGGCCGCGUCUCUGACUUCCUGUUCCGGGUUAUUAAUUUACGACCCGGUUUAAAUCAGACUUCAAACGCAGCCACGCAGCCACGCAGCCAGCCUUGUGACGUUAUUACGCGAACGUCACACGGCUCCGUAAUGUACUAUGUGGUGCGACCUCGGGCUAAUGAGUCACAGAAUUACACGCGCGGCGACACAAUCCUUUUUUUUUCCACCAACAAACGUCAAAAUGGUAGAAACUGCGUUUGAAAAAGCUCGUUCAAUCCGAUUGCCGUGCGAUUGAUUUUCACGAAAAUUCACCUGACACUCGAUUACAUGGAUUUACGGAUUUACGGAUUUCCUGGUUGAUUACAAAGUAACGGUGUGUUGGUAUUAAACAAGCAACGACGCAUUUGGUGAGCGUUUUCAUUUGAAAGAGCGACGCUGCGAGCGUUUGUCGUUACCGCGGCCGUUAUAUUAAAUUUAUUUUAUGAAUUUGCACCGCGCUCGUAUUGAAAUUUCACUGAUAUUGUUUUCUACCGAAAUCCCGUAAACGCCUGGCUAUUAAAGAAUUACUUUACGUUAAUCACCCUAAAGCAAUUUUGUCCUCACGGCAGGGCAGAAUUUGACCACGAAUAUCUCGAGAUUCUUUUUGUUCGUCGUUAAUUUCGCUAACCGGCGUGCCUUCAUUCGAAUGUUAGUUUUCCAUUAAAAGUGUAAAAAGAGAAAAAAGUGGAAAAAGAGGGAGAAGGAGGGAAGGGUGGAUAGCGUAACGCGUGGAAAAGUUAAUCGACGCAGCGUGUACGGAUCGCUGAAACGCGCGACCGAACGUAAUUUCAACAAUAACAAAACAAUGGCGCAACGACGGCCAUUGUUUCGCCGGGAACCGCUCUUCUCCCCCUGCCACACCAUCGCUUCGUCGACAAUUGCGACAACAAUAAUUGAUACGAUUAACGUUAAGAACAGGGGAAACGUGAAAAUAAAGGCAGCAAAGAAGAGUUGAGUUUAAAAGAGAGAAUAAAUUGUUGGACAGAGAAAGAGAUGACACGGUUUAAACGAAGAGAUUUAAGAGUUUUAUGCUAAUGAUUAAACGAUAGUUGUUGUCGUACGUUAAGUUGCUACUCGUUGAUAAUAAAACGUUUGAUAAUCGAUCCAUGACAAUGAAACGUAACACGGGGGAAAAAGUAAAAAGACAGAAAGGAAAAAAAAAAGAAUAAAACGAACGAUCAACGGAAAGUUCUCGUCUACAGUCGUCGUCGAUUCGAUCUAUCCACGCCGGUUCCAUUUUACGAUCCCAUCGAUCGACGACGUAGGCUUGAAAAAUUACUACGAAUGAUUAGGUUAAACUGUGUACAUUGUAAUAACAUUACAAACAUAGACGUUAUGUUUUAGCCACGUCGUAAUCGCGCAUCGUUACAAUCCAUUGAUCGAGGGGUUGUUCGAUCGUUUAGUGCGCGUGUGCGCCAACGAGAAUCGAAGCCUCGUAACGUUGUCGUGCCUGUUCGUCCCUUGCGCAGCGAAUUUUCACCCUAAAAAUCGUCGAACGAUUCCGAUCACGCGUUUUUCUCGCGAACCAGCGGAAACGAACAGAAUCAAAUGGUUUUUCGUAUUUUAUCAUCCGACUCGAUGGCGUUUCUAAUUACGCUGCCGGUUUUUCUUCUCCGUGAUUAUACUUUUAUCUUUCGUUCUCUAUCCGACACGUUUUCUUGAAAAACCAGAUAAAUAAAUAGAAGCCAGGGAAAUGUAAUUACUCCAUUUGCGAGAGUAUUCGUCGUGCCAUUCGUUUAGCUUAUCACGCAGUCGUUAUUCAAUGCUUUAAAACAGAAUCGUCCGACAGAAUGCCAGAGACCAAGAUCAUUUCGUUUCUGGAAUUUAGUCUCAUUUGCAUGCUACCGUUGAAUCAACCGCGUUUAUUAACGUUUACCAGUGGAUUAAUUUAAACCCCAGGCUAGUGUCGUAAGAAUCCGUUUCCACCGGUGGAUCGCGGAUUUUUCGCCGUAUCACCGAGAAAUCUCGCGUCUUUCCAACGUGCCCGAUGAAUAGACCGGUCGAGGAGGACGUGAAUAAUCUCUCGAGGUGAAUAGAAACGAUCCGGGACGCGAAAUAAUUCUGUUUCAGCUGUACGGAGGUGUCCGUGUGGGAGAUCCUGAAGCAGGUUAUUCCGUCGGUCGUUUCAGCCUGUGGACGUUGAACAACCCUGGUUGGCCAGGGCUUGAAAAGGAUGGUCGGCCAGGCUGAACCGGGCGUCGUAAUUGAAUUUUUCAGUCGCUUCGGGCCUUCGUAGACGCACGAUUCAUUAGCAGUGUAAACCCCGAGGCUAGAAAUUAGGGCGGGCAUGUAAGGUAAACGAGCGAACGAACGCCAGGCAAAUGGAUUAAAGCGAGCGAGUUGUGAUUCGGUGAACGUGCGCCGGUUCUCACGGGACGAAGGAGACUCUCUCGAUUAUCAUGGACGUGUCCACGUUUCCGUGGAACUAGCCAGUAGAGGUUUGAUUAAAAUUUGAGACUGCGUUUCAGCUCUGUCACCUUAUUCUUCUAUUCGUUCAUGUUUGUUCGCCGGUUCGAUCGUAAUUCUGCUUUCCAAAUUCUCGUCAUUUUCAAUGGAAAAACGUGGAAGAGAAGAAAGAAAUAUGAAAACGCGUGAUCGGAAAACGUGCCUCCAACAGAAACGAAAAAACAUAUAAUAUAAAAAAGAAAAAAAAAUGAAAAAUCCGUCUUCCUGUCUUCGUGUUUUUCCAGUUUCUCGCUGUUCUCGCGUGUCCGUAUUCGGAUACAUGGUUACACCGACUACACCGUUGGAUCGGAGAUUAAUACAUAACGUGUGACUGUGCGUAGAUUAACAGAGUAAGUGUUUACAAACGUUUAAAACUCGCGCGCGAUAGCCUGAUAAGCAAACCCGACAAUUUUGCGUAAGUGAUAAUCUCGUGUAAGCAUGUUAAUUAACUAAUAGGUAGACCCUUCUGAUUGUGACCCUCGUGCCAGGACUUGCGAUCGAAGCGCGACACGGAAUGAGAUUUAACGAUCGGCUGAUCGAGAAAUCGUUUUUCUUUUUAUUCGUCACAUCGACGCCGCGCUCUGAUUAUCUUUCUUACUCGUGUACGGUUUAUCGUUCGAUAGACGCACCUUCGUUCUACAAAGAACAAUCGUAAACUCGAUCGAAUUCUCUUCGAUUAAUACGCUGUAGAUAGUAGCUCGAAGAUUUCAGUGUUGUCGGCGAGAAUAAUCUCGAAAGGCUUGGCAACGAAUACUCGCUUGGAAAUUAAAUUGAAUGCAAGUGGACACGCGUGACCGGUCGUUGAAAUCACCGGGCGGCCGAUCGCGCGGCUCAGCCGCCACACAUUUCGUCGAUCGUCCAGGCUUCUCCGUUUUUACGUCGGUCCGUUUUACGUCCGGAUGCCCAAUGGGUCGAUUCCGAGUGCAGAACCGCAUGUUCUGGGUCACAGUCGUGAAACGCUCAAAUAAAUCAAGUACUGUGUAUCGUCAGAAGCUUAAAGUCUUCCAUGGGGCAUUCCUGACAAAGAAAGACGAUUUUCUCGGGGUGAUCCGCAAAUGAAAGCCGAUGAAAGGGAAACCGGGCGAACCAGCAUUUAUAUAUACAUAGAAUUUGCCGAAUACGUCGUCCAGUGGACACACCGUCGAUUUAACGUGGGAACGUGAAAGAGGAAUGUUAAACCGUCCAUAAAGAGAAUUUACGUAACAAGUACGACGAACAACAGGGAUUUUUCGUUUCCGUUUCGCGAACGGGAAUUUUGUACUUCAUCCAGUGCGCGGUUCACUGCGUCGUCCGAUCGAAUAAUCCCAUUGUCUCUACGUUUUUUCCUCAAUCCCCGAAAUUUCCCUUUUCAUUCUUUAUUGCUUUCAAUUUCUGAACGUUUGACUGACAUUAUUUUAUUCCUCCGCUCUCUUUUCUAUUUUUUUUUCUUUCCUUUUUUCUAUCCCUUUGAAUCCGACCAAUUUACGUUUUCGCAUCGUGAAAGUUUCGUUCUCCAUUUCGUUCAUUUUUCAUAUCCGUUGAAAAACCGUUCUUAACGUCAGUUCGACAAUCAUAACCAUCGAACGUUUCCAUAGUCGUACGCGAACCCUCACCAUUGAAUCACCAUCGAACAAGGCCGCAUCUCUUUGCUACGGGACAAUUUUUCACGUUUUCAUCGAGACACCGUAAUCCAUGUCGUGAAAUAAAAUACUAAGAGCAAAAAAAAAAAAAAAAAAGAAAAGGAAAAACAGAAAAAAGCGAAGAAGAGAAAGGGAGAGCAGAAACGUAGAUUAUUAACGUAACGAACGAUCGCGAAGAGAUCGCGAAAUGCCGUCGACAACAACCGGAGAACAGACGCGAACCACGUUUUACACAAAAAUCGCGAUAAGGGCGCAACUAAUUGGACGAUUUGCCUUUAUCAUUCGAAAACGUUAGGAAUUUCUGCCCUCGAUGCGUUCUUCCAUCUUUGUUGGCGCACACGUGCGGUUCCCUUCUCUUUGAUAGAUAGAUAUCGUCGAUCACACGAGAGUUUCGAAGAUGAGACACACGUCGUACUGCCUUUUCAAGCGUAUCAUUGGAAUUCUUUUUCUUUGUACAAAAAUUCGGAAAUAGCAGGUUUAUGAAAUUGCUUCUCGUCGUUUUUCGUCGACUGUUCUUUUAUGCAAACUAUUAUUUGCUUUAACAUUAGAGCUACCGAAAUCGUCAAAUCGUCAAGUUAAUAAGAUUUCACGGUAAUUUCGCACAUUCGUAACGAUGUAUUUUUCACGAUUUCAAUGAUUUUUCAUCAAAGUAUAUGAAUGAAGGCCCAUUUUUUUCCUCUACGUCACGUUAUCCUUGGCACAAAUUUGAUAUUUUAGUCGUCGGUAGCUCCACUGUUGAAAUGAAGUAAUUCUUUUGCAAAAAAACGAACGGUUUGCGAAUAACGUUCUGAAGUGCAAUACGAAGUUCGCAGUACUAGCGUGCAAACGAUUACGCGAGAGGCAGGCGUUUCAAACAAGUGGCAAAUUCGAUUAGCCGCGCUCGUACGUACGUUCGAAGCGGAUUCGGGCGAUGAAAGGCACGGCACAGCGGAAUGGCAGCUAUGUUUUGCCGCAACUCCCAUGUUGUGCAAAGACGUCGGAAAACGGAAUAGGGAAAUAAGCUGGCGAAUAACCGGAACGAACGGUGGGCGCGGCUUCCAGAUCACGUAAUGAAUUAUCGUCUUUUGAAACAAAAGGGUUAGCGAACAAAGACCAUUUCGGGCUCUUUUUCCGCGGUGGGCGCGUUGAGUUUUCGGUCCUCACGGAUAAGCUUCGGCGCUGUAAUUAAUGUUCGCACGAUCGUUGAUCUUUAUUCUAUAUUCUCUACUUUUUCUAUUAGCCGCACAGAGAUAGCCGCGGAAUAAAAUAAAAAAGCAGAUCAAAAGAAAGAAGUAGAAACAUACUACAUAUUAUCGUGGAAAUGGCAAGGUCUAACAAUUCGAUGUUAUUAGUAUUUGCAAAUAAGAAUUACUAAAUACUUCGAAAUACGUACAAUUGUUAGAAUUAGGGCUACCGUAUGUAAGUUGUGCGAUAUGGUUUAAAAUUAAUCUUCCAAAGGAACUUCGCUUUACGCCUGAAAGUUUCGAUUUUAAUAAUUGUGUUACGCUUUAUCUCUAAGAAUAUUCGAUUCCGAGCAAGAGAGUUAUAAUCGAAUACAAUGUUUAUAUUUUAAUUUCGAAUCUAGAAACUAACAAUUUCUAUAAACAGACUGAUUUACAGAAAAAUGGUAUAUUAAUAAGAAACACGUGUGAAGCGAUGAUAAAUCAAAUGAAAAAUAUGAAUACAUAUUUUACACAGAGUAAUUAAAAGAAGAAACAACGUUCAGUAAGAUAAGAUUAUCAAUUUAAUAAUACGCAUUAUACUUCAAAAGCAAAGAUCGAUAUUCGUACGAGCUUCUUUCUAGCAGCAGUGGCCAUCGUGUUAAGACAGCGCCGGAGCUCUGCCGUGAAGAUCGGAAACCCGUCGACGCUGAUCGGCCCCAGUUCCGUUCGACUCGUAUCGAUUUCAUUGGAUUCGAGGCACACAGUAUUUUUCUACCGUGUAAUUUCAUACUUUUCCAAUUGUCUUUGAUCUCAACGACCGUAUCGGCAUCGUCUUGUUCCUCUACAACGCGGCGAUCGAACGAAGCCACCGCGUCGAUCUGUUUAGAACCGCGUUGACCGAAACGGGUUCGUUUGUCGAACACGUUCACCGGAAGAAUUCCACGACACGAAUUUACAACCAUCACCAGGGUGGACCGCGGGUACCACACUCACACAGACAUCCAAACACAUUUACACGCGCAUAUAUACAUGUAAGACAGCUACAUUUGGAGCUACCAGGGAGGGGGAGGGGCGAAUGUCUGUUUCGAAGACGCUUCACCCCCUGUGGGAGCUUGUCGGAAUAAUCAUCGAAGUCACACGACUUGGCCACGCGAGAUCCAACGAUCGUGCACAGCCCUCGAAAGCAGGUCGAUCGAAUUCGAGGAGUAAAUUCGCUUACAGCGUCUCGCGAUGGCUGAAACCGGCCAGGAAGUUUCUGGCCAGGAAGAGGGAGGGGAUGAGAUGGGUAACGGAGGGGUGGUAGUUAGGGAUCUCUUCGUAUGUUCGAACGGAUUAAAUCGAAAUCUUUGCUCAACGUUGCAUACGUGUUAUAUAUAAAAUAAAGUAAGAUGAUGUUAUCGUCUAGUGUUGAAACAUAGUGUUAACUGAAACGGACAGGGGUGGGUUGUUCGUGUUUUUUCCGGCCACGUCGUUGCCGUUGAUGUUUCCCGUUGUGUUCACAUGGUACGAAGAAUAUCGGAGGAUUUCUUUUUUUUCUUUUUUUUUUUUUUAAGGAACAUGUUGUAGAAAAAUUGCGAAAAAGGAAGAGGAACGCGACACCAUCGAUGCGCACGAUGUAGGAUGACGGUGAGUCGGAAGAUGACGGAGGUUCAAGGGUGGGAGUGUGUAGAUUAUUAAUGAUAACACAAUAGUAAUAAUGAUAACUAAAUAACGAUUUACUAAUAACGACGCUAACGCUGUAAGGAUAAAUGAAGCAUAGUAAUAAUGAGUAAUGAUAGCACGUAAAAAACGCAGUAAUAAACUACCAUUUAACAAUAAACGAGUUACGGUAACGUUAAACGUAAGAGUAAAUAAACGAGAAAAUAAUAAACGCUAAAUAACAAAAUAUCGAGUAUUAAUUAAAAAGUACCCUUAACAAGUAUAUCGAGCGCUAACUCUACUAUCGACGAUUACGAAACGUUAUACGGUGUAUUGUUAUCGAAUUCCAAAGAUGAAAGAAAAAAAAAUGCAAGAAAAUGGUAAGAAGCAAGAAGGAGAAGAGAGGCGGAACGUGGGGGAAAAUUAAAAGCGGACAAACAUAAAGCGAACGACCGUUGUUUGACGAGAGGGAGGACCCGAUGAAAUUCGUGUAAAACUGAUAGUAUUGUUAAGACAAUCAGACACUUAUUGCUCCGGCCACCUUGAGGGCCAUCCGUGAAUAUUUGUUGUCGAGGUUUGUUCCUCGGAAAAUUUCGAAGGAUAAUGACGAAGAAGGAAGACAAGAGAAGCAAGAAGAAAUGGGUGCGAGCAGAAUCGUCGCGCGCCUCUUCUCAGCCGGACAAAGGACGAAGGAGUAGCACGGGCAGAAUUUUCAUUGUAGCAGAAUGCGUAAGAAAAACAAAGGGGAAAAGAAAGAGAAAAAAAACCGAGAGGAAAGAAACGUGUGACGAACGUUUCGAAGAAGAUUGACGAAAACCUUCGGCUUUUACCCCUGCAUUCGCCCAUUCCACCCACCCUCGUCCUAGCAGAAACGAAAUUGUCGGAGGGGGCUCGAUCAGAAGGGAAACAGACAGGGAAAGAAGAGAAAACACGGCACGUGUUCGUCGAGUGUGCCGCGGGACGUUUUUUUCUAUGCCUCACAUUUUCUACGGUUUCAAAAAAGAAAAAAGAAAAAAAAAUAGCAUGCAAAGGAGCGAUUAUUAGAGAUUGAAAAAGGAUAUUAGGGCUAGAGGGGAACUGGUGCACCCAAAAGACGGUCAUCAAGUUUUUGCGGGAAUCAAUCGAGCCACGUUGUUGCGUAGGAACUGAAGAGCGACAGAGAUGGCAUCCCGUUUGCCAGGGGUGUGGUUAAAAGCAGCGACGUAAAAUAACGAGAUCGCACACGAAAAACACAAAAUACGCGACACGCAUCAUUACAUAAGCUCAUAGAAACAAUUAUACAGGUUGUACGCGUGCGUAUGUUCGAGGAAAGCUUCGUUUCUGACUGACAUCGCUUUCGUUCUCGAUCGUCAACUGUAAAUAUAGGUUUUGUAUAAAAACAGAAACGAAAGUGUAAUCACGAAUGAAUUCAAACUAUCCUCAAAUGCCCGCAAAAUCUCUCCAAUACUUUCCUUAGAUCGAUUUCCUGAUUAGAACACGAAUUAUGCACGCGUGCACAGUUAUACACAUACGCGCCGCGACCGAAAGGGGGAAAACAAGUUGCCCUCCCUCGUUGAACGUAUUCUGUUUCCUUAGAAAGUAAGAAAACACGAAACAGAACGGUGGAAAAGGCAUGGUUAUAGCCGAUCGAUUUCAACGAGUGCACAUCGAACUCGUUCGUUCAGUGACCACCCUCAAGCUUGUUGUUCCGUCGGGGGUGAAAAGAUCAUUCUCGGUUGAAAGCUUCGUCUCUCCUUCCUUUCGAUUUCGUUUCCAUGGUCGCCUCCUGCUUUCGCUCCUUUCUUCUGUUUGCCGUGAUUUCAUGCGGAGGGAAAUGUCGCGAGCGUUCGUAAACGGGGAGAGGGUGGGCGCAAACACGCAUACGUUACAGGUUCACUCACAUACGCAUACACACGUACACGAAGGUCAUUUAUGUAUAAAAAGCGGAGGAAAGAAGGAAAGGAAGAAAGGAGGAAGAGGAGAUGUGGGAGAAACGAAGAAGAUUACGACGAUGUUGACGACGAUGAUAAACGAUGACGAUGAGUUGUGUUAUCGAUGAGGGUGGAAACGAAGGAAAUGAAAUAAAAAAAAUAAAAAAAAACCAUACGAACAUUUUGUUAUAUCCGUACGUAAGAACGUAGAAUGACGAACGUGUGUUAUUAAGGAAGUAAACGUAUCGAAUCUACAGUUAAAUGUUUACGAUAAAAUUACGGGUAAUUAAGAAGAUUCUAGAUUUUUUCUAACUAAUCGAUUCGUACGGCGGACUCGUGCCAAUCCUCUAGAUUUACGACCUAAAACGAGAUAUACAAAUGAGAUGAAGCUGUUAUCCUAUAUUAAGUCGGCUUGGAAUAAAUAUUUGAUUAUACGUAUUUAACGUGCGACCGGUCUGUAUGCCUGACACACCGAAUGCCUGAUAGCCGAAUGAACGUAACCCGUUUGUCUGAAAGCGACCGCGAGUGAGCGGAAUUGUACGAUGAAACCACACAUAGCGAUGAGAUUACGCAAAUAAAACAGAGAAAAGAAAAAAAGAAGAAUUUGAUAAGUAAGUUAUUAACCUGGUGCGCGUGUGCAUGGUGCGAGAGACAGAGGUGUGAACGAGCAUCGUAUCUUUGAAUGAGAAACGAGGAGAAGAAAGAAGGAAGAACGAGAAUGACGGCGGCAGAAAAGAAUACAGAAGGCGAGUAAAUUUUGUUACUCGAUCGCAUCUCGGUUAAUUUUCGAAAAGCAUUCAGCGACUCUGGACCACGAGGAUCGACCCUUUGGUGCUCUGUGGAAGCGGAAGGCAACGCGUGGCUCACCGGAAGCUCGAGCCCCCGUAAAGCAUCGCUGGUCGAUUAUUUUCGGCGAAAUAAGUCGUUCCUUCGCGUUUUAAAGAGUCUCUGAUCGCUUUCGUCCGUAAUUAUAUAUAUAUAUACAUGUAUAUAUGUAUGUAUGUAUAUGUAUAUGUACGUAUCAAUUGAUCGAGCAGAUGCUUCAAGCCCGGCGUCAACAGAGUGCACGCGUCACGUUGAAGCGAGAUCUUCUAUCAACGAAUCGCCGAUAUCGUCCUAAGCGUGUGCAUGAAGUUUGCUUUUUCUCACACGGGACAGACAGACGGAAAGGAAGGAGGGAAGGAAAAGGAAGAACGCGAGGGAUCGACGCGAUUUUAGCUCGAUCAAUUUGCUAAUCGCAGAACCAUGCUUCGACGUCGAGUCAGGGCCGAUAGAUUUAUCGCGGAAUCAUUUGAAAUUCAUAAUCGUUGGAUUUUUGAGCACGUCCUCGGGAUUAAUGGCUCGCGAUUCCCCUCUCGAAUUAGGGAUUACGAAUUCGCCAGCGGGGAAAAAGAAGCCUGGAAACCCGCUGGCAGAACCAUUUUUUUUUUUUGCAAGUUGAUCCUUCCGGUUGAAACGUUACGACAUUUUAGCAACCUUAUCGAGAAGCUGCGGUCAAAGGAGUCGUCAAAUUCGUUUGAAACCCGCAACUGAUUAUUUUGCACGAGCUACUGCCCCUGGUGGAAAAUUCGAAGCGUGGUUCGAACAUUGAGAAGGUAGAAAACGUGGCGUAAAUAGAGAAAAGGAAUUUUAAAACUACCGGUGUUCGGUAGACUGCGAAUGUUUUAUAUAAUACAAUUUUUAGUCGAAAAUCGACGAGACAUCGGCGAGAUUCGUCGCUGCGAGCGGUGAAACUAGUGGCGACUCGAAUCAGCGCAUGGGAAUCGAAUCGCAAUUUGUCACGAUUGUUUGAUCGGUUGUCGCUACGUAGCGACGCGUUUCGCAGAUUUAUAGCGUUACACGAAAGCGGCGGGACGAUUAAUAAUAUACAUAUGUACAUACGAAGGUAGGAAAUAUUGGAAAAGUUGGCGGAGAAACAGUGAAGAGAAUGUCGAAGGAAACGUUUGUUGCCAUUAAAUAUUGUACGUUCACGAGGAUCCUUCGUCGCGAUUGAAUAUUAUCAUUACUAUUGUACUUAUCAUUAUUGUUAUCGCGACUGUUACGAUUAUUUAUUAUCGUUAGCAAUUCGCUGACUAUCGUUACGAUCGCUGUAGCAAUGAGUCGGCGAAGUGCGCCGAUAAUCGACGCUUCGGACGAACGAAGGAUAAAGAGAAGAAUCAGGGUGAAGUGUCGAAUGGAUGGAAACCGACGAUCCACGGAGAACGAAUGAAAAAUUUGUUUUAAAUAAACAACAACGAAUCACCGAGAAUCUUCCGUUGUUAACAAUGCCGAUCUCUCUGUCUAUCUGUUUGUCUAUCUGUCUGCCUGUCUGUCUGUCUGUCUGUCUGUCUUGUCCGUCUGCCUGUCUGUCUGUUGUCUGUUUCUCGUGCGUCUGUGUCUGUCAUGUCUCCGAAACCGAGUGCCACCUGCCCAUCGUGUCCGUAUUGUCGUGCCGUGCGUUUCUUUUUUUUUCUCUCUCUCUCUUUUCACUAUUCGUUCCGCGAUAGCCCCUGCUGGAUGAUUCCCUUGGCGAUGAAACGAUCGUAAUCGACGACGAUAAGAAUGACGAAACACGCUGGAAGGAGAGACGAGAAUACGAUCUUUCAGCAGGGGCCGCCGAUCGAGCAGCGUCUCCGUUAGAGAGCGCCCAAGGCAAUCAUUUACCACCUCGAAGCGAUCGUCGCGAGCCCCCGGAGCCACCGACGCAUACGAUAGACUGUACAGUAACUUUUACGAAUCCCUUUGUACAUCACACUCAGCGACAGUAGUGCCUAGUGAACGGACUAGCCGAAGGGGACGCGAUCGAUGGCUGGACGAUUUGUCUGCCGGCGAAAUUUCAACCCCUCUCGAAUUUGUCAUUUAUCUCUCGACUUUGGUCUUUCGAGUACGAGUUUCAUUCGUUUUCUUCUUUUCCUCUUUUCGUUACUUCAUCAGCUGCAAUGGUAGUCGGGAAUCGGUCCAGCGACGAGUUGUGGAUCCCCUCCGCGCAUCCGGCGACGCAAUCGAGGCUCGCGAGGGUCAGCCAUUUCUAGGUCUGUACAUAAAAAAAAAAAAAAAAAAACGAACACGUCAUUUAUCUCGGACUUCCUCCCGCGGACAUCGCUCGAUCGUCGAUCCACGAACACGCUCGGCGUCGCAGCGCGCUCGAUCUCGUUCCAGUCGCCUGUCAAGCAAGGGCAAAUGGCACUUAAAUCCGUCUUACAAU